AUGUCACUAACACAAUCCAGCACACACCUCCGUCCUGGUCCAACAGCAGCUGGACCAUCAUCUUCCACGUCCUCUCUCAACCAAUCACCCUCUCAAACAUCACCUAAACCCAAAGGAUUGAAGAAAUUGAGACCAUGGAGUCUUGCUGCUCAUGCUCGUCGGAAAGUAGGAAACGGCACAAGCAGUAUAGACGAUCAUGAAACGCAAAUCGGCAGUACGGAUAACCAUAAUGGCCAUACCACCAGUAUAUAUGGUGAUCAUUCGCAUUUAGAGGCGACACCUUACCAGGACGUUAGGACUAGAGCCUCAUCGGACCAAUCGCCAAGAAGAUCAAGUGAUACGCUGCAGAUAGGAAUUACGAAUAGUCAGAACGAAAUAGAUUGGGAGGAAGAAGAAAGCGAUGAUGGGAGAGUGGACGCGUAUAGUUGGGUGGAUCCUAGUAUUGUCGGGACGGCUAGGUUGAGAGCUACACCUGCAGUAUCUCAGAGUGAUUUAUCUGGAUCUGGAUCUGGAUCACGUUCGAAUCACAGAUCGUCAAAUCAGACUUCACAGAAUACCACGCCAGGUAACGAAGUUGCUGAACUACUCGAGAACGCAGGGACCGCACCCUCACCUCCUGCCCAAUUACUCCCCGACGAUUCCUACGCGAUGCUACUAGCCUAUCAAAGUACCUCGACAUCCGACUCGGGACAUACACAUACCCCUUCGACCACCUCUCACGCAGCUCCCUUAUCCCCCUUUUCACCGACGCUCCCCACACCCUCCGAGUCGGGUAUGCUGAGGAACCCGAAUCCUGAAUGGUACGAAUUGGUAGAUAGGACGUUGAGCGAUUCAUUAAGUAAAGAAGAAUUGAAGAGACAGGGUUUGUGGUGGGAGAUGAUUAAAAGUGAGAGGGAGUAUGUGAGGGAUAUGAAGACUGUCUGUGAGGUCUUCAUUCAGCCAUUGAGAGAAUACGAUCCACCACUGUUAUCACCCGAAUCUCGACUUCAUGCAUUUAUAGCUGAAGUGUUCAGUACUUCUCAGCAGAUAUACCAUGCGCAUGUUAGACUAUUGGGCAGGUUAAUGGAGAGACAGAGACAUGAAUGGCCGCUGAUGACGACCGCUACCGAUAUACUGCUUGGUACACUAUUAGAGAUUGUAGAGCUAUACGAAUCGUAUAUGAAGAACUAUCCAUUCGCCGAAGCCAGAGUUCGCAGAGAACAAGAACGAAACCCGCCAUUUAGAGCUUUUCUUUCACAGAGGAAUACUUAUGACCUCACUAGAAGGAGGGAUAUUUCCGUAUUCCUGUCUAGACCCGUCACUCGUCUACCGCGUAUCCUCUUAGUCCUCGAGGCGCUUUACAAAGUCACUCCGCCCGAUCAUCCAGACAAAGAAGAUAUACCUACCGCCAUGGAGAUGUUGCAAGGGGUAGUCAGGUCCACUCAACCUGGUAUAGAAAGUGCAGAGAAUAAGAUAAAGUUGUGGAAUACCGCUGAGAGGUUGUUGUUCAAGAAAGGAGAGGUGGUCGAACUCGAUAUUGCUGAUCCGAAACGUACGUUGGCACAUAUGGGAUAUGUCUUCAGAAGGGUCAGGAGUGAAACAAACUGGCAUGGAUGGCAAGACCUUCGAGCUAUCUUGUUAGAUAACUAUUUCCUACUAACAAGAGACGAAGAGAAUGGGAAACAUGUGGUAGUUUCAAGACCGAUCCACCUUGAUUUCCUUCAUCUGACAUCUGCGGACGGAGUACCCGAAAGGAGGUACGACAGUGUGACCAAAUACCAGAAACGACCUGGUGCACAUAUGCUAGAACCGGUAUUCCAACCUGAAAGAUUGAUGUUUCCAUUCACCAUCACUACUUCUGGCGGACCGAAUGGUAGAACUUAUACCCUUUGUACGGCGGAGGAAUGGAAGGAGAAAAUUGAAGGUGCGAAAACAUUGCGUAAAUUCGACAUUGAAGGCAAUCGCACCUUCGCGAUACACAGUAUCACUAUCCCACCGCAGAUCAAAGAUUCCAUCAACGCAGCUGAUACGUUCACAUGGCACAAUCGAGAGACUAUAGCUAUAGCUACCGCUAGAGGUGUAUGGCUAGGCUGGAGAAGGGAUUCGAAGACAUUUCGACAACUUAUCAAUUUCAAUUCCGGUCACAUAAGUAUGGUCUCGAUCGUUCCUGAUUUCGGAUGGCUUCUUGUCUCCUCGUCCGGCUCGCUGUUGGCGUAUAAUCUUAGAGAUAUGAUACCUACCUCAAACCCUGAUACGUGGAUCACGAAGGGUCGACUAGAUGGUCAAAGAUUGAGCGCUCCGGAACAUAUUAUCGCUUUUGCCAGGGUGGGUGUGACAAAGGGUAGAUUGCUGGUGGUCUACGCCGUCCAUUCUCGUAACUCCCACCAAACAACGUUGAAUUUCUACGAACCUCUACUCAACCCAUCCUCCGCAUCAUAUGGUGUACCAUCCUUUCGCCCUUUCGGCAAUAUAACCGUUCCAGGCUAUGCGUCGGACUUGUCGUUCUUCAGACAGACAGUAUCGGUGGUAACUGAAAAGACAUUUGUGAUUGCUGAACCUGGUAAUCCGACGUAUAAUUCCAUUCCUACUUUCCCACAUGAGAUACCUGAACGGGCGAUGGUAGUGAGGAUGGUCAGUGGGUCGAAGCCUCUGGGGAUGUGGCAGGUGGAUGAGAGCGAGUUUUUGUUGGUGUACGAGUGGGGAGCAUGUUGGGUUACAAAGUUCGGCGAAGUCUCCCGUAAAGGAUCUUUCCUCCGAUGGAAUCUCACGCCUUCCUAUGUGAUAUUCCGACAACCCCAUUUGUUGUUAUUCGACGAGACUCACAGUAGGGCCGAAGUGAGGGAUGUCACCUCAGGACGAGUAUGCGAGGUGAUAGAAGAGAAGGGAAUGAAGGUUUUCCCUAUAGUUAGAUUCGGUCAGGGGGUCAUAGCUAGGAGUGGGACUGGGAGAGGAUUGAUUGAGAUUGUUGAGGUGGGUUUGUAG